AUGCCAAACAUAUCCCAAUCCUCCGUCCGGCGCAACCUCUUCCAGCAAACCCUAAGCCGGCGCCCCGCGUCAACCGGACCCCCAAACAGCACUCUCGCACCAGGUCCAGGCCCGGGCAUAAGCAUCCCACCAGGCCCAGGCCAAAACAACCUCACCACCAACAACAGCGCCAGCGCCAGCGCCAAUACCAACGGUAAAAACGCGCUCUUAACCCGCCCCGCACAACACCGCCUCAAACCUACAUCCACAUCCACAGAGCUAUCCCGGCCGAUCAAAAUCUCCGAGAACAGAGAGAUUGUAGUCCGGGAUAAGAAUGGCGGGUACAAGUUGGAUGUUCCUGCGUUGCCGGCGGCGUUGAUUGGUGAGGAUGGGGAGGAGUUGGGGGAGUUGGAGGUUGAGGAGGGUGGGGAGAGUAGUAUGUUGGAUGCGGAGUUGAGUGGGAGGGAUAAAGAGAAAUUUGAGGCUGCGUUGGUUGAGAUGGUUAUUCGGCAUCGGAAUCGUCAGUCUAGUGGGGAGCCUGAUGAAAUCUUGAAUAUCGUCCACCAAAGCCUACGCAAGAAAGUCGCCUCCUUGGACGGCGAUAAUUGGAUGUUUGAACCAGAGAGAGACACGCGAUUCUAG